AAUAUUACGGUAAUGACAAAAGUAACUUACUUUGGAAUUAAAAAGUUGUUAAAACUUGCUACAUUAAAAGUUUUUUUCUUGUUUUGAAAAUGAAAACUUUUACUGCUACAGUUUUUAAAAAUCUCAUUGCUCACUGAUUUAAAAGUUUUUACUUUUAAUUCGACUGUAAAAUUUCUUUCAUUUUGACGUUCUCGUGUAACCGUGUACGCCUAAGUCGCAAAUGUAAACAAACACUUUGGUGGGUCCGGUGGUGCUGGUGAGUCUAGGACGCAAAGCAAGCCGACCGCGGCAGCAGCCAGGAUUCGGACGCGGAAACCUUCGUGAGCCAAACAGCAGCAGCGGAACGCCUUCGAAGGAGGGUGGUGCAGGAGCGGGACGAGGUCGAGUGCUCGAAAAGGACAAGGCCAGCUUCCUGCAGGAACUGCAGCUGUUCCACGGCUGGAAUGCGAUGAGAGGUAGGAAUGUGGAUUCGCACCGGUUGUAUUGGGUGGUGGUGGCCCGGGAUUGGUGGUUGAAGGUCAAUUCGCGUGAGGACUGGGGCGAGAUCAUCGAGGAGAUGGCGCUGCCGAAGCGUUGCGUGAACAACAAGAUUGCGUUGAAGAAGAUUAACUUCCGGUUUUUGGACAAGUACGGGAAAGUUUAUUUUCACGAUGGGUCUCCGACGAAGAGGAGGACGACGAAAAGCUGCAUAAUCGGAGGUGGUCAGCGCAGAUGUUGCACUCGGUGCCGGCGGUUUACAGCACCGCAACUUCCCGCCCACAAACACUCACGUCGCGACGGCGCAGCUUCAGCCGAAUGAAUCUGGACAGUGAUCCAAAAACAAUCUGUGUCAUUCUCGAAGUAGGAUUACGUGCUCAAAAUCGAACUCCGUUCCGAGGGCCUCACCAACUCCAUGUUCCGGAUGCGCUUCCAGGAUCGGGAACUCCCCGAAUCAAUGGCCAACUCCUCCAAGACUGUCCUGAUUGACGCCGGAAACGUGACCAUCGUGUUACACUGCUGUCGCGCGUCGAAGCCUCCAUCCGGAACCGUCCAGCCUGGGGUAUUCGGAAGUGACCGGUGGCGUAUUGUAUGAAGCAGAAGCUAGUGGAGAAGCGUUAAAUACAAAAAAAAAAGUGUUUUUCUUUCUGUUUAAUUUUUUUUAAAAUAAAUGUAAAAAACCAAGCACAUUUUUCUGGAAUAAUCCCUGUAGUGCUAAAUGUUGUGUAUUCUUGCCAUAAAAGGUUUCUUUUCCAAUUAAAAGUAAAAUACUUUUACCAAUACAACGAUUUUGUUCAAUAAAUGCAUGGUAGUUGUGGUACUCUUACGACCACUCGCCACGCUACUCCAGAUCAGACUGACUCUGCUGUUGUUUACUUCCCUAAUCCUCACUUGACAGCUUCCUGCUAAUCGGUCAGGGCUGUACUCGUUUGUUCCUACUGAUGUUGGCGUCAGGGCCGUACUUGGGUCACGGCGUCUUUUUCAGGGGGGUAGUAUUUUUUGAGAAAUAGCAAGAAAACUGUCAUAUACAUAUGAAAGUGUGGAACAUCCCCGUUCAUUUGCGGGGUGAACGAAAAUCUUUGGUCGGGAAAAAUCAAAGUUAUCCUCAUUUGAAGUUUUUGAACUUUUUUCCUAUUGGGCGAAAUUUCGUCUAUUUCAAUUUAGUAUUGUUAUAAGUCUAUAUGGGCAUGAUUUAUGGUUCAGAUCAUAUGAUUUCUUAUGGGAAAUGAUGCAAGGAACAUUUUUCCUGAAGCACGCAAAGUGAUUGAAAAUAAGGGAAAAAAGUUAUAAAGGUUUUAUUGAAAAUUUGGGAGAUUUUAUGAUAAAAUAUCACACCCCUUUUCCAAAAAACACAAUGUUUUCAAUAUUCAGAUCAUUAUUUCGAUGAAUUCUUUUUUGAGAAAUGUUUCUGGGCCCAUUGAGUAUAUAAAUCACUACAGAAAAGUGUAAUUGGUUGGGUUUAAGCUCAACUGUAUGUCACAAUUAUGAAUUUUGGAUUUCACCGAAUCAACAUAUUUUUGUGUGUUUUGGUUAUAAAAUGUACCGUUUACAUUAAAUUAUUACUUUUUAUUUGUGAGUACAUGGUCCACAUCAUAUGUUUUGUAUCUAAUUGAGACAUGCAGUGUAAAUACAAUCACAGGGUUUCUAUUUCUAUGCCUUUUGUUAAUUUGUAUUUCCAUUUGGGCUAUAUUAUUUGUAUUGAAACUUCAGAGUUGAACUUGCAAUUAUUGGUAAUAACAUAAAUAUUGCGUAAAAAUCAUUAAAAAGUUUAAAUGUAUGUAAAUCUAUUAAUUUAAUCUCAAAUAAUAGAGCUUAACAUACUA